AUGGAAACAUCCUCACCGUUUUACUCGCUUACCCCAGAGGUCAAGUACUCUCCACCAUGGCAGGAUCUGAGCAUUAUCGGUAUUGCUGGAAGCUCCGGUUCAGGUAAGACCUCGGUGGCCAUGGAGAUUGUCAAGUCACUCAACCUUCCCUGGGUGGUAAUUUUGGUCAUGGACUCGUUCUACAAGACUUUAUCCUCUGAAGAACAUCAAAAAGCCCAUGCGAAUGAAUAUGACUUCGAUUGCCCCGAAUCAAUUGAUUUUGACCUUUUGGUACAGACCCUACGGGAUCUGAAACAAGGGAAGAAAGCCCAUAUCCCAGUCUAUUCAUUUGCCGAUCAUCAACGCCAAACACAGACCACUACCUUAUACUCACCCCGAGUGCUUAUUUUGGAGGGCAUUUUGGCCCUGCACGAUACUAGAAUCGCAGAGAUGCUCGACGUUAAGAUUUUCGUUGAGGCAGACAUGGAUGUCUGUCUUGGACGCAGAAUUCUCCGCGAUGUUCGCGAAAGAGGUCGCGACAUUGAUGGCAUUAUCAAACAGUGGUUCCAGUUUGUGAAGCCAUCAUAUACAAGAUUUGUGGAACCUCAACGACACGUCUCUGAUAUCAUUAUCCCUCGUGGUAUUGAGAACAAAACAGCCAUUGACAUGGUGGUCAAGCAUAUCCAACGUAAACUCCAGGAGAAGUCAGAACAGCACACUGAAGCACUGCGGAAGCUUGGCCUCAUUGCUGCCAAGGUCGAACUUCCACCAAAUGUGCAUGUGAUGCCUGCAACACCUCAGUUUAUCGGCAUGAACACUAUCUUACAAAAUCCUGAAACUGAACACGUUGAUUUUGUCUUCUAUUUUGAUCGCCUUGCAUCAAUUCUUAUCGAAAAGGCUCUAGACAUGACUGUGUAUGUUCCGACUAAUAUAGAAACACCACAAGGGAACAAAUACAUGGGGUUAAACCCAAAGGGCAUUGUUUCCGCAGUUCCUAUCUUGCGCGGAGGCUCAUGCUUGGAGACGGCAUUGAAACGGACUAUUCCUGACUGUAUUACUGGUCGCGUCUUGAUCCAGACCGAUGAGAACAGCUCUGAGCCCGAGUUGCACUACUUGAGACUGCCACCGCAGCUGGAAGAGCAUUCUAUGGUCAUGCUUCUAGAUCCACAAAUGUCCAGCGGCGGAGCAGCACUGAUGGCCGUGCGAGUUCUUAUUGAUCAUGGCGUGCAAGAAGAGAGGAUUGUCUUUGUCACAUGUGCUGCAGGAGAGACGGGAAUCAAACGACUCACCGCAGUUUUCUCCAAGAUCAAUGUUGUCGUAGGUCGGAUUGAGGAAGAAGGUGAGCCCAGGUGGAUGGAGAAGCGUUAUUUUGGUUGCUAG